AUUGAGAACUUGUCCAAUGAUAUGAAUGCCGUGAAUGACCAGGAUUUGAUGGUUCAAAAUGGGAAAGAUAAAUUAAAUAGUGAUGAUUAUCUGGUGCAAUCUGAGGAUUCAUCCAAUAAUGAUGAUACCAAAGAUAAUUAG